AUGGGACCACAGUCUGGACAACCAAGAGGAUAUGCUUUUGUUACCUACGUAAAUAAAAAGGAUGCUGAAAAAGCUAAAGAAUCUCUAAACAAUUUGAAAUUAGGGCAAAAGAACAUCUUGGUCACAUGGGCACACAGUAUUAGUAAUGAAGAAGUAGAAAAACCCAAGCCUGAUAUUCAUAUCCCAGCCUUAGCAAUGUCCAAAGGAGAGAAAAAAACUGAUAAAAUGACCCAAAUUCAGGCCAUAGAAGAAAAACUUAGACUGAUGGAGCACAAACGAGAGGUUGAAUUAAAAAUAAACGACACAGUUGCUACAAAACCACUUGUAAUUAGUCAAUUCCAACAAAAUAAAACUCUGGCAGCUACCACCACAAAAUCUAGUUACAGUAUUAAAAGAAAUGAUAGACAUCACAAACCUUAUGGUAGAAAUAGACCUAGAAAAUAA